GCCUACCGACUGCUGACAAGCCUGCGCCUCUAGCGAAGACCUUCACACCGACGACAUGGAGGACAUUUUCCAGAUGGCAAGGCAGUGACUCCGGCUAAGCCCUGUCGCGUCCACAGCGCCCCCUGUCGGCCAGGGCGGCUCACCAUGCCCCGGCCAUGAAGGGAUACCAUGUGAGCCGCAGCCUAUCCCAGCAUUCUGCGGGGCCAUGCCACUGCAUGGCCGAGGACUGCGAGCUGCCCCACGACUACAUGCCCCACCCUCAGGACCCACGCAGUGCUGUGGACCACUAUCAGGGGCACAAUGACCACCCUUAUUUUCCCCCUGGUGGGCCCCCUGAGCCACUGCCACUGCCCCACUCAGGCGGAGGCACCUUCCCUCGCUCAUACCCGAGCCAGCAGCCCUAUGACUCCUGUGACGAGUGCCUGGGGAGCCAUGGGCACAUGGGAAAGAAGAACCGCAUCCCACCUAAUCUGCUAGACCAGUUUGAGAGGCAGCUUCCCUUCCAUCCAGAUGGCUUCCACACACUGCAGUACCAGCGGGCAGCCAGCGGGGGGCAACGCAGUGAGAGCCCCGGGCGCAUUCGCCACCUGGUGCACUCGGUACAGAGGCUCUUUGCUAAGUCACACUCACUGGAGGCGCCACCCAAGAGGGAACAUGACGGGCCGAGGGCCGAGGCCCGGGAGCGGGGAGGUGGUGGGAGCCAUCGUAGCGGCGGCGAGGAGGCUGGAGUGCCACGCGGUACUCACCAUCAGUCCCGCUCGGCCCGCCGCAGCAAGAGCCGGGAGCGGAGCAAGAGCGGCGACUCAAGACACGGGCGGCACCGCGAGCACAGGCAUCGGAGCCGCACCGCUGGCUGGUGGAGUUCUGACGAUAACCUGGACAGCGACAGCAGCUUCCUGGCUGCAGCAGCAGGAAUGGGCAGCCGUGGUGGACGGGUUUUAGGGCCGCCAGGCCCGGAGGCCCUGGAUGGAGCCAUCCAGGAUCUGACACUCAAGGCACUGAAGGCCAAGACGCCUCCAGGGGAGUGCGUGGCCUGCACAACCAUGGCCCUGGCAGGGGACAGUGGAACCUCCCUCAAGAGGAGCACCUGGUCUACUAUGACGGUCAACCAGGCCCGUGAGGUGUACCCAAUGCCCCGUGGAGGAGGGUACGACAAGGCCCUGGUGCCCUUCGAGUCCAAACUGAAGGAGCGCAGCCACCACUACUUGCAGGUGCCAUCGGAGGACUGGGGAGGAGGCUAUGCCGGAGGGAGCCAGGAUGGCGAGGGCGAGAUCCCGUGCCGCAGGAUGCGCAGCGGCAGCUAUAUCAAGGCCAUGGGGGACGACGACAGCGGCGAGUCGGAGCCGAGCCCCCGCGCCUCGCCCAAGACCGCCCUCAUCGCCCAGAGAGAGGCCUUCCGGCGUUCCGUCAGCAUGGAUCACCGCUCCUCCGGCGCCAAGUACUCCUGUAAGGAAUGCACGGACGCCUACACCGGCAGCAGAGCCAUACCCAAGGGACACACCCGCUCCCGCAGCUACACUCGCUCCCUCACCAGCGCGCAGCUGGGGGACGCACUGAGCCGGCAGUUUGAGUCCGUGUGCGAGUCCGUGUUCGGAGAAGUGGAGUCCCAGGCCGUCGAGGCACUGGACCUGCCGGGCUGCUUCCGAACCCGCAGCCACAGCUACGUCCGUGCCAUCCAGGCCGGCUGCUCGCAGGAUGACGACUGUCUGUCGGUCUUCUCCAUGUCCAGUCCCAAGGGGGCACCAAAAGGGGGCAUCGUGUUCCCGUACAGAAAGAUGCCACCCCCUCUGCCUCCGCGCAUCGCCAAACCCCUCAUCGCAGUGACAGCACAGAGCAGCACCGAGUCCACUCAGGACUCGUACUUCUUAAGCACAGGUCAGCCCUCACCGCGGCCGAAACCCCACAGCAGCUCCCUGGAUGGCCUGGAGGCAGGUAGCGGGCGCUCCUCUCGGACCGGUUAUUAUCCUGGGAUGGGCGGUCCGCGAGCUAAGCCACACAGUGCCUCUACCGAGAGCCUGGACGGGAGUCGGGGGAUCCUUGGGGUGCUCGGGGGCCCCGCUCCAGCAGCCAGGGCCAAGCACAGCAGCUCCGCUGACAGCCUCCUAGAAGUGUCAGGUCGGGGGCUCCGGGAUGGAGUCGCGCCCGUGUUGGGGAAGUCCACAUCCCUCCCUCAAAGCGGCGCUGGCCAGGGUGCGACUGGCCCAGGAAGCGAGGCAGAGGGCCGCAGGGGAAAAUGGAGACCAUCCAUUGCUGUGCAGGUAGACAGCUCGGAGACCAUCUCAGACUCAGACACGGAAAGCAAGGCCUUGAGGGAGGUGCAGUCCAUUGGAGUCCAGGUGGAGGAAGACAAAAGGCGAGCUCGUUUCAAGCGCUCCAACAGCGUGACGGCAAGCGUCCAGGCGGACCUGGAGAUGGAGGGCUUCCCCGGCCAGGGCGUGCCCACGCAGGACAAGGGCCUGCAGUUCGGCUGCUCCUUCCAGCGCCAUUCUUCAGAGCCCGAAUCCGCGGGACCCUAUGGGGAGUACCGCACGGUGCACACGCAGGGCCAGUGGGCCUACCGCGAGGAACCCCAAGCCCCCGAGCCAGCGGGGCGUGUGACCUCGCCUCGACCCCCCAGCCGUGGAGGCUGGCACGAGGGGCCCCGCAGCCUGCCCGACUCCGGACGCGCCUCGCCCUGUCUCCGCGACGGCGAGUUCUUCCUGCGCUUGCUGCAGACCGAGGUGGAGCGCAUGGAGGGAUGGUGCCAAAACAUGGAGAGGGAGGCUGAGGAGAACGACUUGCCGGAGCAGGCUCUGGAGCUGAUCCGCGGUGCCGUGGGCAGCGCCCAGUUGCUGAUGUCCCAGAAGGUGCAGCAGUUCUUCCGCAUGUGCCAGCAGAGUGUGGAUCCCACGGCGUACCCUCAGCCAACCUCACAGGACCUGGCAGGGUUCUGGGACCUGCUGCAGCUAGCCAUAGAGGACGUGCGGGUUAAGUUCCAGGACCUGCAGCGGCUCAAGGACUCGGGCUGGAGGUUUCCUCCUGACAAGAAGGAGGAGAAGAAGCCUCCGGCGCUCUUACCAAAGAAGCCGAGCGUGAGCGGCGCCGCAGGGGAGGGCGCAGGCGGGGGUGGGACCGCCGGGAUCCUGGUGAUGACCCGCAAUGGGCGCGCCAUGCCCUUCCGGGAAAAGUCGCUGGAGCCGGGGGAGAGCCAGCGGCCGGAGACACGGGGGCGGCUACUCCAGGCCAAGCGAGCCGCCUCCUUCCGACAGAACUCGGCCACCGAGAGCGCAGACAGCAUCGAGAUCUACAUACCUGAGGCGCAGACCCGGCUGUGAGCCGUAGCUCCGCCCCAUGCCCCACCCACAUCUGUUUUUUCCAAAGUCUCCAAGCCCCACCCACUUGCCCCACUUGACCAUUAGCCCAGCUUGUUAGGCCUUGACAUCCAUGCUGCCCCGUCUGUUCCUUGGAGACACCACGAAGAGAUAAAGAGAUGCUCACAUACGUACAC